UUUGGCUCUUCGCUGAACAGGGCUGGUGUUAGCUGAAGGUCAAGGUUCUCCCCGUGGUUUGUUGUAUCGUUGUCAUGGUGAUAUCAACAGUCACUAUCGAAAAUCGAUGGCCACCUCAUGUAGACUUCCCAAGUCGGCUCAAACUUCGCACCAUUUCUUCCUCUGCUACCCCAAGUCAACAGCUGGACCUCAACCCAAUUCGCUGACAUACACUUCUGACCAUCCUGCAUCAACAAUCACAGAAGCGCAGACUGUGGCGGCAGCAACAGCAACCCACCUUGCAUUAGAAACAGAACGACAGCACAAUAUCAUCAUGUCACACCUACAUUUCCGCAAGGCCAUGGCCUUGCCUUCUCGUAUGGCCCAGUACCUUAAGAGACGCCAGUCCCGCAAAAGUGGCAAGGUGUCUCAAAAAAAGCACCAAGCCGCCGCCUACCAGAUGAUCUCAUCUACCAACCCCAAUCCUCGAAAGCGUUCCAGCGAAGAUAUCACCGAUGCCACUCGCGAUGUCUCUGCUGAUCGCUUCAUCGAUGCCGAUGCAGCGCCUCCCCAAAAGCGCCCCAGAUGGCCAGUUGUUGAAGGGCGCGACGAAUUUCGUCCUUCUCGUCCUCGAAAACGUUCAAGUGACGAGUUUGACGAGGCUUCCUCCGAUGCAUCCAGUGAUCGCUUUGUUGAUGCAGAUGCUCCUCCCCCUCAAAAGCGUCCCAGAUGGCCAGCUACCGAAGAUAGUGGCGAAUGCGAGUUCAAUCCAUUCAUAGAGAAGAAAUCAAGAUCGCUUGCAGAAGACAUCGCCGAUGCCACUGCGCAUGAAGACAGGGAUCCGUUUGACUAUGAUGAAUUAGCCUCCCACGUCCAGCGCUACAGAUCACUCGCUGAAGAGAUCGCUGAUGCUACCGCCCAUGAAGACGGUGAAGCCUUCGAUGAUGAAGCUGAUGAAGCUCCCUCUACCGCUCGCUUCAAGUCGCUCGCUGAAGAGCUUGCCUAUGCACUUGUUAACGAGAGUGGUGACGAAUUGGACAAAGACGAAGAAACCAAGUCUCCCCAGCGCCACCCACUUGCUGAUGAGCUCGCUGAUGCUACUGCCGAUGCAGACGGCAACCCUUUUGAGGAUGAGGAACUCGUAGGCAUGACCAUUGCUAAGGCUGGUGGGCUCUCAUAUGUCGAGGCCACCAUUGAUCUUGCUCAUCUUUCAUUCGACCAUGGCACCCCCACUUCUUUCAGACCCCUUCGACCGCUUGCUGAAGAACUUACCGACGUCACUGCUUACGAGGACAUCGAGCCCUUUGAUAACCUAGACGAGCUGUCGUCCGGACUUCCUGGGCUUACUGACGACGAUGACAGCAACUCCAUUUUUGAUGGAGGAUCUGUCGGAGACCCCCAGAAUGCACCAACUGAGGAAGAAAGUCUGUCACUCAAACACAAAGCCCUUGUUCCCCAACUUCAAGGAAGAUCUCUCGCAGAUGAGCUCUUUGACGCAACUUCUGAAGAAGAGGGCAACCCAUUUGCAGAAGCAGAUGCAGAUCUCCACUUGCGCUUGCACUCACUAGAGGAUCAGAUUGCCGAUGCCCUGUCCCGCAAUAUUGGCCAAGGACUCGACGAUGUUGACUCCGCCCCCCGAAUGUGCCUAAACUCACCAGCCAAGAAGAUGUUAGACUCGAUCGCUAGCGAGGGUGAAGACAUUUCCGACAUUGAGUACGAUGCUUCAUUUAUCACUGCUCUGGAGACACUCUCCGAGAACGACUUUCAUAUUGAAGAUGAUGAUGCUCCUACCAAGGGGCGCCGCCGCCGCUCACUGGCUGAUGAGAUUGCUGAUGCAACUUGGGGCGAGGAAGGUGAUCCAUUUGACGUUGCAGAGGAUUCACCCGCAAACGAUACGACUUCCGAGCCAUCAGCUGAGGUGCGCAAACGUCCGUUCUGGCUAUGGACAAAAUAUCCUUCCACGCCCAUGUUGCUCGGCGGCUGCCCGAUGCAGUAGUGCAUCGCUUCUCGCGUCUGAGUGAAUCACUCUGUUCCAAUUAUUGACCAAGUAAUGUACAAGUAAAAGUUCC